AUUCGUGUUAUUUGGUGUGAUUGAUUGAGUAGAACUAACCUAAACCUAACCUAGAAAAUAUUUUAUAUGUUUACAAACAAAUCCUAAACUUUCAUUAAAAAUAAUGGCAGAAUACGUUGGAAGCAAAGCUACUAUUGCUUCAGAAGAGGUAGAAGUAGGCGAGAUUCAAGAAGGAAUACCAGAGAGAUUUCAAAAAGACGAAAAAUCAAGAUUGAACGUGGAGAUACUAGAAGACACGGCGACGGCAGAACCAGUUUAUCAAAUACGUCCGCAAUUACAUGAGAAGUUUAAACCUUUAAGCGCUAAAGAAGUUAUACAUAAUGUGCUAUUUGAUCAGCUUUCUGCAAAAACGUAUGAUGCUCAGGAAGCUGCUCAAUGGACUAAAGAUAUAGCAGAUCUAAUUAGAGAGAAAGUUAAAGAGUUAAAGUUCAAACGAUACAAAUACAUUGUGAAUGUGGUUUUGGGUGAACAGCAUGGUGCUGGGGUAAAAAUGGGUACAAGAUGUAUUUGGGAUGCAGAGGCAGAUGCAUAUGCGUAUGAUAGUUUCUUAAAUGAUACAAUAUUCUGCGUGGCUACUGUGUAUGCUGUAUAUUUUUAUUAAUAAGUGGUUACAUAUUAUUGAUUAUGAUAUAUUGAGUAUUUAAAGUUCAUUAUGAUUUGAAUGAAAGAAUAAUAAACAUGAUCGAAGGAAUAAACAUUUUAUUAAAUAGAAGCUAUUACUUAAUGACACAUAUUUCAUUAUAUCGUCAUGGCACAGUUUUUACAUACAUUUAAAAAUAUCUAUGACCAUGUAUUUUAUAAUACACAUGCUCAAAUUUUUAAUGAGAGUGCAUUACAUUUACAUGUCUUUGUUUAUUAAAAUUAUUAUAGCACCAUAAUUCACGGUAUUAUUCUAUAAUUACAAAAAAUUUUUAAACGUGAUAAAAGGCACUUUAUUCUAUAGCUAUGACUUUCACUUAUAUUUAUUUAUGUUAAGAUUAUUUUAAACUACGAAACAUUUCGUGUAUUUGAAUUCAUAUUUGUUGGAUUGCACAAUUUUGUCGCAUAUUUAUGUAUUUUACAUACAUAAAUAUGCGACUAUUCAUAUAAUAGUUAAAAAUUAAAAUGCAACUAAAAGUUUUGUGAUGUAUAUAAAAUAUUGGUUUAAUAAUACGAUAAAAGGAAUAUUUGCUAGAUGAAUUUAUUUAUGAAAAAUUUUUUUAUCAUAAUGUUUGACUCAAUAUCUUCUAUCUAAUUCUUUGAACGAGUUAUUCAAACUAUUUUGAAACUUGUAAAAUUCAAAUAAAAGAAAAAUACGUAGUUUAUAAUAAUAUAUUUUUGUAUAAAUAUAAGAU